CCCCCUCGCGCGACUCAUCCUUUUCAGAUCGCUAAUUUCGCAGAUAUUUUGCAGAAAUUCCGGAAAGUAGAAAAAAUUGCUGAGUGGCUAAAGACCAAUGAGCACCAUGGCAAUGUCAUCUGGGGCAGCAACAAAGUCUACACUCAACCCCAAUGCCCCGCUUUUUAUCCCGGCAGCAUUUCAGCAGGUGGAGGAUUUCUCCCCGGAGUGGUGGGAGCUGGUGAAGACAACCACAUGGUUCCGUGACCACUGGUUCCAUCAGCACCAGGAGCAAGAAACUUUUGAUGGCGAUGAUGAUGAGGAUGUUGCAAAUCUGCUUCCAGAAUCUUUCGAUCUUGGCAUCGCCGAUGAGUUGUCCAUUCUUGAGGCAGAGUUUGAAGCUGCAGCUUACCACCAAGCUGCGGGUGCUGAAGAACUAUUUUCUGGUUUUCAGAAGGAAAUGAAGCCAAAGCCUGGCUUGGAGAAUGAUGCAGAGGCAGUGAUCAUGAGCCUAAAGCAUAUCACUGACGACAUCAUUUAUUUUUCGGAUAGAGGGAAUGAUUUAGAGGAAGUGACCAGGGGCCUGAACUUGAAAUCUCCAAAGAAUGGCAGGGUUAGACCUGCUGCGGAACCGGCCAGGUUUCGGGAGAAGCCAUUGCAAUGCAUGAGCUCGAAGCGCAGCACUCACCGCAUCAUUCAGCAGCCCCGUUGAGGACUGUGGUUGCUGCCGCAGUGGUGGGAAGCAGUUCAUGUCCCUUGUUCCUAUGCAACUUGAAUGUACUUCUGUAUAGAUGUAAAAUGUAGCUCUAGUGUUGUCCAGUUCUUGUUCAGGCACUGUUUCAUCUAAUCAGCUUUGAGAAACAAAAAAGAGAAAAAUAGUGAUGUAACAAAGAAAAAAAUGUGGUAGUUCAGUUCAGAAAACCCCAUCACAUGCGGUGUUUGAUGAAUAUUUUUCCAAUGCUGCAAAUGUUCAUGAAACUUGUCUUUGAAAGAA